AUGGCUCUACCUACCUGCAAGUAUCUGGCUGGAAGUUUGGGUUUUUUUCUGUUUGUAGUCUCUUCAGUAAGCACAGCAGAAGCAGCUGUCACAUGUCCUGACAGAGAGCCUGAGUUAGAAAUCUGGAACCCAGGUCACAACGAAGAAAACCGCGUUGAAAUCCGCCACGGCAGGAAGCUGCUUCUCUCUUCUUCUGCGACUGUCCACUCUAUCCACAUCACUGAUGGAGGCAAACUGGUCAUCAAAGAUGAUGUGCAGCCCAUCAUUCUGCGUACAAGACAUAUACUCAUUGAAAAUGAUGGAGAGCUACACAUUGGCAGUGAGCUGUGCCCUUACCAAGGCAAUGUGGUUAUCAUCUUAUAUGGGCGAGCGGAUGACGGCAGCCAGCCAAAUCCUUACUUUGGACAGAAGUACCUUGGAGUCAGCAAAGGUGGCACUCUUGAGAUCCAUGGAAAGAAAAAGCUGUCCUGGACUUUCUUAAACAAGACUCUUCAUCCUGGUGGCAUGGAAGAAGGUGGAUAUUACUUCGAAAGGAGCUGGGGCCACCGGGGUGUCAUUGUCCAUGUUAUUGACCCAAAGACAGGGGCAGUUGUCCAUUCUGAUCGGUUUGAUACCUACAGAGCAAAAGAGGAAAGUGUCCGCCUGGCUCAGUAUUUGGGCAGAGUUGCAAAUGGCAUGAUCCUGUCAGUCGCAGUGAAUGAUGAAGGAUCCAGAAACUUGGAUGACUUGGCCAGGAAAGCAAUGACCAAACUGGGCAGCAAGCAUUUCCUCCACCUUGGGUUUAGACAUCCAUGGAGUUUUAUUACCAUUAAAGGAAAUCCCUCCUCUUCUGUCGAAGACCACAUUGAAUAUCAAGGUCACAAAGGGUCAGCUGUGGCCAAAGUAUUCAAACUAUUCAAAGCUGAGAAUGGAGAACAUUUUAACGUCUCUUCAACGAGCGAGUGGGUUCAAGAUGUAGAAUGGACAGAGUGGUUUGAGAAGCCUGACAAAGCGAGAUCUAAGGACAUGGAGAAGCUGUCUGACUUCAAAGCUGCUCAUCCUGACAAAAUCUGCAGGCAGCCCAUUGACAUCCAGGCAAUGACGCUUGAUGGAGCGGAUUUAAGCACUGAGGUUUUCUACAAGAGCGGCCACGAUUACCAAUUUCUGUGCCACGGCAAGGACCAGACAGGCGAGGGCUGCCGCAGCUACAGAGUGAGGUUCCUGUGUGGCAAAUCUGUGAAACCAAAGCUCACGGUAACCGUUGACACCAACGUGAACAGCACGAUCCUGAAUCUGGUGGAUGAUGUGAGCUCAUGGAGACCUGGGGACAGGCUGGUGGUGGCGAGCACUGACUACUCCAUGUACCAGGCAGAAGAGUUCCAAGUGCUGCCCUGCAGAACCUGCAGACCCACCCAGGUCAAGGUAGCAGGGAAAGCCACAUACCUGCACAUCGGCGAGGUCGUCGACGGCGUCGACAUGCGGGCGGAAGUGGGGCUGCUGAGCCGCAACGUCGUGGUGAUGGGCGAGAUGGAGCAGCAGUGCUACGAGUACAGCAGCAAGUUGUGCUCCUUCUUUGAUUUCGACACCUUUGGGGGGCACAUCAAGAUUGGUCUUGAUUUUAAGGCUACCCACAUUGAAGGUCUGGAACUGAAAUACAUGGGCCAGCAGACAAUGGGGCAUUACCCAAUUCAUUUCCAUAUGGCUGGAGAUGUGGAUGAGAAAGGAGGCUACAACCCUCCAACGUAUGUGAAGGACACCUCCAUCCACAACACCUUCUCCCGCUGCGUCACAGUCCAUGGAUCCAAUGGUUUACUGGUGAAGGACGUGGUGGGUUAUGAUGCUCUGGGCCAUUGUUUUUUUACGGAGGAUGGACCAGAAGAGCGUAACACGUUUGACCACUGCCUUGGGCUGCUGGUGAAACCCAGCACUCUGCUCCCCUCCGACCGCGACAGCAGGAUGUGCAAGCUGAUCACAGAGGGAGCUUACCCGGGCUACAUCCCUAAGCCCAGGCAGGACUGUAGUGCUGUAUCCACCUUCUGGAUAGCCAACCCACACAACAACCUUAUAAACUGUGCAGCUGCUGGAUCUGAAGAAACAGGCUUUUGGUUUGUCCUGCACCACGUGCCCACAGGCCCCUCGGCUGGCAUGUAUUCCCCCGGCUACUCCGAGCACAUGCCGAUGGGGAAAUUCUCCAACAACCGCGCGCAUUCCAACUACCGGGCUGGAAUGAUCAUCGAUAAUGGUGUUAAAACCACCCCAGCCUCUGCCAAGGACAAAAGACCUAUCCUGACACUGAUUUCUGGGAGGUACAGCCCACACAAGGAUGCUGAUCCUUUGAAGCCCAGGGAACCUGCAAUAAUUGAGGGCUUUAUUGCCUACAAGAAUCAGGAUCACGGGGCCUGGCUGCGAGGUGGAGAUGUAUGGCUGGACAACUGCCAGUUUGCUGACAAUGGCAUUGGGCUGACCUUGGCGAGCGGAGGGACCUUUCCUCACGACGAUGGCUCCAAGCAGGAAAUCAAGAACAGCCUGUUUGUUGGUGAGAGUGGGAACCUGGGCACCGAGACUAUGGACAAUGAGAUCUGGGGGCCUGGAGGUCUGGAUCACCGGGGAAGGACCCUGCCCAUCGGCCCGGAUUUUCCCAUCCGAGGGAUUCAGUUCUAUGACGGGCCCAUCAACGUCCAGAACUGCACGUUCCGCAAGUUCGCGGCGCUGGACGGGCGGCACACGAGUGCCCUCGCCUUCCGCCUCAACAACGCCUGGCAGAGCUGCCCCAACAACAACGUCACCGCCAUCCGCUUCGAAGAUGUGCCCAUUACUUCAAGAGUCUUCUUUGGAGAACCUGGCCCGUGGUUCAAUGAUCUGGAUAUGGAUGGUGACAAAACAUCAGUUUUUCAUGAUGUGGAUGGUUCUGUGUCAGAAUAUCCAGGCUCAUAUCUGAUCAAAGAAGAUAACUGGUUGAUCAAGCACCCUGACUGCAUUGAUGUACCCGACUGGAGAGGCUCCAUCUGCAGCGGGCACUUUGCACAGAUAUACAUCCAAGCCUACAAGCCAGCCAACCUGAAAAUGAAAAUAAUAAAAAAUGACUACCACAAUCACCCACUCUACUUGGAAGGGGCUUUGAGCAAAAGCACUCAUUACCAGCAGUAUCAGCCAGUUAUAACUCUGAGGAAAGGCUACACCAUCCACUGGGACAAGACAGCCCCUGAAGAGCUGGCCAUAUGGCUCAUCAACUUCAACAAGAAUGACUGGAUCCAAGUAGGGUUUUGCUAUCCUAAGGGGACAACAUUUUCCAUUCUCUCAGACAUCCACAACCGUCUCUUGAAGAAAACAUACAAAACUGGAACCUUCUACAGAACCUCCCAAAUGGAGAAACUGGAGCACAGAUACCCUACCAAAGGGUACUACUACUGGGAUGAGGACACUGGGCUGCUGUUUCUGAAACUCAAAGCCCAAAAUGAGAAGGAGAGGUUUGCUUUCUGCUCUGUAAAGGGCUGUGAGCGAAUAAGAAUCAAAGCUGUGAUCCCAAAGACAGCUGGUGUCAGCGACUGUGAAGCCACAGCCUACCCCAAGUACAUUGAGACACCAAUAGUGGAAGUGCCAAUGCCAAAGAAACUCUCCAGUGCACAACUGAAGACCAAGGACCACCUAAUUGAAGUGAAAAUAGAAACUUACAAGAAACAGUACUUCCACCUGAAGGAUGACUUUGCAUACAUUGAGGUUGAUGGUGUCAGGUUUUUCCUCACUGAAGAGGGUAUCCAACUGGUUGUGAUUGAUGGACACCAUGGAAAAGUUGUUGAUAGAGUAACAUUCAAAAACUCUAUUCUACAAGGAAUCCCGGCACAGAUAGAGAAUUAUGUCAACAACAUCAAAGAUCACUCCAUAGUGCUGCUGACAUCUAAAGGAAGAUUCAUUUCAAGAGGACCAUGGACUAAAGUACUGGAGAAACUUGGAGCAGGAGAGGGUUUUAGGUUAAAAGAAAAAGUGGCUUUUGUCGGCUUCAAAGGCAGCUUCCGCCCCGUCUGGGUAAAGCUGGUCACUAACGAGGACUCAGCUAAAAUCUACCAAGCACUGCCAAUUCCUGUGGUGAAGAAAAUGAAGUUGUGAGGACACCCUGCUGCGCCUGCUGGCCGCCAGCACUGCCCCGUGGGAUGGACGGAUGGAUGGAUGGACGGACAGAUGGAUGGAUGGAUGGACUACUGACCGCUCUGCGCAGGCCUCGCCUGCCUGCGCCACCAGUGUAGCAUUUUGUUGUUGUUGUUGCUGUUCAAAAAGAAGUCUCACUGUAAGCAGCUCGAGUGGCCACACGUGAGAGCAGAGCCCUCCUCUGUGAGCAGCGUGUCUGGGCCGCCAGCCCGCGCUGGCUCAGGCGCUGAGGCCGCCCCUGGCGGGACUGAGCAAGGCCUGAGCUGUUUCUCCAGGCGCUGCUUUUGUCAGCGCUCCUGGGACAGACUGAUGUUAGUGCUGCCUCCUGAAGGGGAGUUCUUGGUCUGAAGACCAUCAAGGACUGUUGCUUCCACCAUCCUCGAAGCUGACUUUUCCUUUUCCAUAGUGCAACUAGCUGCUCACGUAGAUGUGGAAUGCCAGUUCAAAGACUGCUUGACAGUCUGGUGUAGAAAGAGUGGAUUUGAGUGAUUACCUGGAUGUUGGGAAGUGUAACUGGACAGUAAGCAUUUCCCCUAAAGCUUCUGUGAGGUUUGAUCAAGCUCUUUGGGGAUGUGUGUUGUACAUGCAGCCCACGGCACAUAGUUGGGGAAGAAAUGACAGACGGAGUGGACAAAACAUGCCAGCAGAGACUGAUGGAACCACCUAUUCCUGCUUCCUCAGAAAACUGUGUUUUUCCUAUGGAUCAAGGAGUUUUAAUAGUGGCUGUGCAAAUAGGAAAUUUUCCUUCAACAAGCAGCUGCAGGCUAGAAGGAGAGCAAUGUCAAUUAGCACAUGUAUUUUCUCAGCCUUUCCCAUUCAGCCUUUCCCUCUGUAUAACAACCUGCAGGAUCAGUUUCUGGUUGCCAGCUAAUGCCAUCCCAAUUCAAGGCUUCCAAUUUUUGACUAGGAAUACUGGGACUUACCUUAUUCAGCAUCAAAUAGGGUGAGCUGCCCUUGCCUUUCCCAGGACAUCAGAGGGAAUAGGAUGAGACAGCUCUGCUGUGUGUUGCUUUCUGAUCCUGUCUUCAGGCUUAAGAUAUUAUGUCUUGGUCCUCCUGUAAGAGUUACAUGAGACCUGGAUGAGGUCUUUCCAGGUAGCUGAAGAAUUAAAGUGAGAAUCCCAAUGCACUAGUUGGAUGUCUUGUACCUCCUUUCCCCCUGCUUCAGACAAAGACCUGGGUGAUGACGGCAGAUCAGAGUGAAUCAGGACUUUACAGGGGCAUCUCUUGAGGCUGGGAUGUUAACAUUAUCUUGUAAAACACUGAAAGCACUUCUAGUGUUCAGUGAUAUUUCUGUCAGUUGCUCCAAAAUACCACACAGGCGUUUCUGGAGGCUGUGGCUGUUCUAAGAAAUCUAAGGGCAGGGGGGAAGUGUGAAAGACAUCAUGACAAGCUUUUAAAGAAUGUCAGUCUUGCCAGUAAGACUUGGGUUUAUUUCCCCACUUUAUCUCUGCCUGUCCCCACUGCCACAUAAAUUAUUUCAAUUGCUGAUGGCUACUUUGUUUAUGUAAUUAAGUUUUUUUUUUUUUCCCAACAGUAUCAAAAAUGUUACCUUGAAGUUAGACUGAAAAGCAAGGAUCUUGUUUGUCAUUCCAAAGGCUGUGCAGAUACUGGUUUAGAUCAGUUGCUCUGAAUGUCAAAGCAAGCAUGAACAAAAUUUAGAUAUACUGUAGGUUACAUUCCACUCAAGCCUCUCCUGGGUUUUGAAACUGGAAAUGUUCUUUUCAGACUUACUAAAAACUUGUUUUGAAUUCACUGAAUGUCAUGUGUAUUGUACUUAACAAAAAAAUUAAAAAAAAAAAAAUAGUCAAGCCUUCCCUCCCAGCUUCCCAACAAGAGUCUGGUAAUGAAUGCUCCUUAGGCAUUUGUGCCAUUUGCAGAGUGAAUGGGCAACAUUUGUAAAAGGCAAAUAAGAUGGGUUGUUUAUUCCCCAAAAUUGUUAUGAUAGUUUGGAGAUUUUGCAAAUUAUUCCAUGAAAGAGUCAGUCUCACUGGUGUUUCAACCAUGAUCAUCCAAAAGGUUUAUCUGAUGUCCUAUGAUGGCCAAAACAGUGCCAGAUGCAUGAAGUCAAGGGAAGAGACUAACAGGAAUUUCCCUGGGUGUGUCACUUUGGGUUGUUUAAACCUCUUCCCUGCCCUGAGCCAGUGCUGUUGAUUGCAGCAGUUUUGGUGGAACACAUUUGCUUCCAGGAGAUGGACCAAAGCAGGAGUAUUUCCUUCAUGAGCACUUAGCAGAUGGUGGGCAGGAAGGCCAGGCUUGGGAUGUGCCUGGAGUGGGAUUUGGCUUUGUACAAGCCUCAGUGCCAGGGUUGCCCUCUGCAGUGCUCCACUGGCCACAGCCAUUUCCCCUCUCCUGCUCCCUCUAAGUGUGCAAACACCCAGGAGCAUCCCACCAGGUGGGUCUGUCCUCUAGACUGCUUUGUUCAGCUUCUAGGAGCAUGUUGCCUUUGUGCUGAAGUGUAGCUUCUGAUUUUACUGUUUUGGGAAUUCUCAGGGUGAAAGCAUAAGAUUUGGCUCUAGGAAAAAAUGUUUUUCUUUUCCUUUCCUAAAAGAUCUCACCUUAUUAAGAGAGAAAAUUUAAGCAGCUUGUCCUGUGAUGCUGAGCCUGGCACGUGGGGCCUGUUUCGGAGCUGGGGAGGGUCUCCUGCUGUGAAUACCUGCAGGGAAUCACUGCAGGCUGCCAGCCCGAGGGACAGCAGAGCUUUGUGACCGUGUGCAGGGAAAUGCCCAGGGCUCCUGCUGACCUGCACGGCCUGGAGCCAUCCGUGUGUCCUCCGGAGGCACAAUGGAGCCUGCUGCCAUGGCCAGUCAGCAAGAGCUCAGCGCCAAGUGAUUCCUGUUCAGUCUCUGACUGUUCUAGAAACUGCACACCCUGACCAGGGAAUUCCCGGCUCUCGUCCUCUGCCCACCCUGUACAGCCCCUGUACAGCUGCAGUGACCCUCUCUGUAAGGUUUUAUUAGUGCAGAUGUUUCCAUGUUUGCCUACACAGUUGCCAUUGGUGGAGUGGGGUUUUUUUGGUUGCAUUUUGUUUGUUUGUCUCUUUGUUUGUUCGGAUGUUUGGGUUUUAUUGCCUCUGUUCAAUUGCUUGUUUUACCUGUCGCCGAAACAGCUGGUCCUUUUUCGGAGUUAGAUGUUUGUACAUUUUCUUAGAGACGUUCCAAUGAAAAAAAAAGAUAUAUUUUCUAUUAAUUUAUUACAGUGGCACUAAGACAACUCAAUUGCAGACAUAUGAAGCAUUUUUACUGGAGUUGAGCAUUGUCCAGUUCGUUAAGGAGGUUGGCAAUGUGUCUUUUCUGAUAAUCUGCUUUGCACUUGAAAGCUCUCUAUGUCCACAGACCAUGGUGGUGCAUUGACUGUCGGGUUUAUGAUGACAAGAGCUCUUGGGAUAUUGUUUCCAAAAGAUUGUGGCUUACAACUGAAAUAACACGUAGUUGUUUGGAGUACACAAUGUUUAUCAGAAUAAAUAUUCAGUGCAAAUUUCUUAUUUUA